CCUUCAGCACAGCGAGGCCGGCCUGCCCGGAGAGUCAGAGCUAGGCCCAUAGAGCUCGCUAGUCCUCCACGCCUAGAAAAUCCCCGGAAACGCUGUGCGGGGGACUGGACAAAACGGACCGUCGGUCCCUCAGUCUGUUCCCUCGGCACCUGGAGCCGGGACUUUGAGGCCUGGCGGGCGUCAGGCUCAGUGCGCGCGGUAGCUGGUUCCCUUCUGAGGGAUCGGGGGUAGGGCGCGCUCUCCGCGCGGUCCUGCAGCUGCUGCCCCCUCCCUGGCUUGCGCAUAAGGGGAGCGCUGGGCUGGCGCCCAUCGCUGGAGAGUGACUAGGCCCUUCCAAUCCCGGUGAGUGGGGCAUCUAUUCCUGCGUCCCGUAGGCUCUACCCCGAGCUCUGGGGUGUCCCUCUCUUCCCUGGCCCUACAGAGAGGGGUUUGUAACCCUCCACACCUACAGUAGUCUAGCGAUUCUUUUAUUUUUGCUUUUUCCUUUAUCUCACUAGGCUGAGGCCAGGCUUGCCCGACUGCCAUUGCCAGGACAGCGCUACUUUGGAUGUGUGUGUGUGUGUUUAAAUAGACAAAUGGCUGCAGAGGAAUCCGAGCCCCUGUUGCGCUCCAGGGAGCCUAGUGAGCAAUGGCUGCUGCCUGCUGAGAGCUACCCUGUGCUGGAUGCCUACCUGAGCAAAGUGCAGAACAGGAAGCUAUAUCUGGCCACCUUUGCUGCUGUUUUGGGACCCCUCAGCUUUGGAUUUGUCUUAGGUUACAGUUCACCAGCUAUUCCUGAUCUGAAGAAAAUUAGUGACCCUAAAUUAAGAUUAGACACCAACGAAGCAUCAUGGUUUGGGUCUGUAGUAACAUUAGGAGCUGCUGCUGGAGGAAUACUGGGAGGCUGUAUGGUGGAUAAAAUUGGGAGGAAGCUGAGUUUGAUGCUGUGUUCAAUACCAUAUGUCUCUGGGUUUACAAUUAUCAUAUCUGCCCAGAAUGUCUGGAUGCUUUACAUUGGACGAAUAUUGACUGGGUUAGCCAGCGGCAUUACUUCACUUGUUGUUCCAGUGUAUAUUUCUGAAAUAUCCCACUCAAAAAUUCGAGGAACACUUGGCUCAUGUGUUCAGCUGAUGGUAGUGAGUGGUAUACUGGGAGCUUAUGUUGCAGGAAUGGUACUUGGAUGGCGCUGGCUGGCUGUGCUAUGUUCUUUCUCACCAUGUAUAAUGCUCGUGUUCAUGUCCUUCAUGCCUGAAACACCUAGGUUCCUGCUGAACCAGAAAAAACACCGGGAAGCUAUGGCUGCUUUACAGUUUCUGCGGGGAUCAGAGGUGGACCAUGAAUGGGAAUGCAGGCAGAUUGAAACCAGUGCUGAGGAGCAGCAUGGACUAAGUAUUGCUGAAUUUAAGAAUCCAGCCAUCUACAAGCCAUUUCUUAUUGGUGUGGCACUGAUGUUCUUCCAGCAAGUAACAGGGAUUAAUGCAAUUAUGUUUUAUGCAGAAACUAUCUUUGAAGAAGCUAAUUUUAAGGACAGCAGAAUGGCCUCUGUUGUUGUGGGUUCCAUACAAGUGUUUUUCACAGCUGUGGCUGCACUUAUUAUAGAAAAAACUGGACGAAAAGUACUGCUUUCUAUUUCAGGGGUCAUUAUGGCUAUCAGCACUGCAACAUUUGGGUUGUACUGUAAAGUGGUCCUUCCAAACCCUAGGAAUUCAUCACAUCCUGACUUAUUGACUACACCAAAUUCAGUAUCUGCAGGAGCAGAAAACAACCUAGCAUGGUUGGCUGUAGUGAGCUUGGGGCUGUUCAUCACUGGUUUUGCCCUUGGUUGGGGUCCCAUUCCAUGGCUGGUGAUGUCUGAAAUAUUCCCACUUAAAGCUAGAGGGAUUUCCAGUGGUGCCUGUGUCUUAACAAACUGGUUUAUGGCUUUUUUAAUAACCAAGGAAUUUCAUGAUCUUACAGCCUAGUCUCCUGCAUGCGGUCAACAACAUCGCAACGGAGUCCUGGACCUGGGAUCUGGAGUGACCCUUAACCAGCCAGUCAUCCAGGUAGGGGUGGAUCAGGAUACUUGAAUACCUGAGGUGAGCUGCCACCACCGACAUGCAUUUUGUAAACACCGUUGGUGCCGUAGCCAGGCCGAAGGGGAGCACUGGUAGUUUGCGGAUCCCACAGUGAAGCAUAUGUGUCCUUGAAAGAUCACUAUAUCGAAGUACGAGUCCUUUAAGUUGAGGGCAGUGUGACAUCGCACCCCAUAAUGCUUUAAAGAAAUAUAUUUGUGAGUGUAAAUAUGACAUAACUGGAAUAUUUUAUUUUGUUUUAUUCUAGAUAUGCCAUGUAACAUAUCUUUGCACAGGCUACAAUCUACUGAAUAUAUUCAUCAUAUUUGUAUGCAUGUAUCAUUUUUAUAUCUGAAGUUAUGAGUGUUGGCUCUAUGCUUGUAUUUAAAGUGCUUGCUGCAGGAAGCACAUAAGGCAGAUUUGGUCAACAUCAUGUGAAGGGGUUAUUCAAGUAAUUGGGAGUACUUAACUAAUAAUGGACUUUGGGAGAUGCCAAUCCACAUCUGAGCUUUCCUGGGAACAUUCCAACUAACAUGUAAACAAUGGCAUCAGCCUGCAAAAAGCUGAAUCAUUCACAGACAUGUGACUUGCCCAGGUAGCUAAAGACUCCAUCUUGUGACUGUGAUGUUACACUAGAGAACAAAGGCCCUGGAAACCCCUCCAUUUUGUCUUCAGCUGGCUCAGAAGAUAGCCUCUCCACCCGAAAGAGAUGCCUGAAAGAAACUGGAACAAAGGACAGUAACUACAGAGGUGUGAAUGAUUGCUGGACCCAGACUAGGAAGGAGUCUAGUCUGUGAAAGAAGCUUAUUGGAACAUCUCUGAGGGUGAGAUUUACCUGCAUUUAGUUUCCUACUGUAUUAGGCCUAGACUUGCAUGUUUUUGUUUUAUUUUGCUUGGUAAUUCACUUUGCUCUGUCUGUUAGUACUUGGAACCACUUAAAUCCUACUUUUUAUAUUUAAUAAAAUCACAUUUUGCUUAUUAGU